CCCACCUUUCUGAACCUUCCGAACACAAGCACUUUUUGCCCUCAAUUAAUGCAGCGUUGUAUGUGACACUUGCCACUUCUAAUUAUGGUUUGGCCACAAAUCACAUUUUGCCCCUUCGUUUCCUGCACACGUUACCCACGGAGCCUAGUCUCGUGUUUAGCCUAAUCACCAAAAUGACACAAGCCUCCGUAUCUGCCUCGCGCUAGGAUGAUCCAAUAACGCCAUUCUAUCCCAACAAUCAAGUUCGCGUAUCUCGUUUCGCCGGAACUUUGCGCACGUAGCACUCGGUGCAACUGUCGGUCAUCCACAAUGGCCCACGCCGGCGAAGACAGGGCAAGCGAGCGGGGAGGCCUGCUCGGCGGCGAUGACGACAACGGCGAGACGGCUGCCUGGGAGAAGAGGCCGGGGCGGAUAAAUGCGCGCUUGGGGGCGUGGACGCCGUGGCUGGUCCCGCUGGUCGCGUUGCUAGCCGGGUUCGUCGUGGGUGUGCUUGCCAGUAGUAUUGUGGGAAGCGGCCACUCGAGGACCAGCGACGCUUCGGCUCUGGCGAGGAUAUUUGCGCCUCGCGUCCCUGUCGUCUUCGCGCCGAACAGCACCUUCGCCAACGCCACGGCCACGGACGCCGAGACGGACGCCGCGUGGGCGGGGCUGAUUCCGGCCGGGCGAGGGUUCGUUCGCCUCACUGACGGCGAGCGCUCCGGCUCCGGCAACCUCUCCGACACCAAAGUCGUCUCCGUCUUCCACCAGCUCCACUGCGUAGACAUGCUGCGCCGAAGCCUCGCCGCGUCAGUCGCCAACCCGCUCGAGUUCAGCUACCUCGCGCCGCAGCUGGCGCACCACUGGGGCCACUGCCUCGACUACUUGCGCCAGGCGCUGACGUGCGCGGCCAACGUGACGCUCGAGACGCUGCAGGCUGCUACUACUGCUACGACGGCUGCCGGGCUAGCGGCCGUCAACGGCUGGAGCACCACGCACCUGUGCCGCGACUUCCAAGGCGUCGCGGACUGGGCGGCUGCGAACCGGGCGACUGAUGAUGGGGGAUUGAUUGACUGACUGACGGGUGGUUCGGUUCCCUGUUUGCGGGUGCGAAUACAAGGCGAGAAUUCGACGUCGCUAUUAUUUCGCUCCAACUCUUUAGAUUUCACACCCGGUUGCCUACGUCGCGCCAAGUAAAAUUGGCUCCCAUAAUCAUGUCCUGGGCCGAGUCUCUUCACAAGGGCUGUGGUCCCUUCAGACUGCGAACCCACCGCAGGCGGCCAGCGGAGAGAGGCUAUCUUCACUCAACUAACAGUUCUACGACACCGAGAGCUUCUCGCAUAGUGGUUAGCCAGUCGACGCCCGUAUCAUAAUGGGAUGUGGGAAUUGGUCAAUCGGAUGAACCUGAGCGAU